GACGGUCAGCUCGCGCCCGUGUGUGUAGCGUGUGUCCCGCACCGUUUGGAGGAGGGGCCAAAGGCUGGGGGACACGUGAGUCCCGGGUGUGUUCUCCGGGAAGACGCCGAAACCACGAGUGCUGCCGGCUGCUGGUCGCCGAUAUAAAACCUGUCAGCGCGCGCGGAGUCCGUGCAGAACAUACUGUAGGGAGAAACGCUUGGAUAUUGUUGCGCAGCGUCGUGACAUCGUCAGAAACAAUGACACCUGGGAGCACGCGGGAGACUACGGAAGAGGACAAACCCAAACAAACACCCAGCCCGGCAGAUUUGAUGAAGAGGAGGAGGAGGAAGAGCCUGUGGCUGGUGGUGGGCAUGCUCUGCCUGGCCCUGCUGGUCGUGGCCCUGGGAAUCUACACCACCACCCGAACAGAGAGCCUGCACGUCACUGGCUACGCCUCCGGAAUCAUUUUGGCGUUUGGAUCUUUCCUGGGUAUUCUGGGACUCUGUCUUGAAGAAAACCGCAAGCAGCUGCUGGUCGCUGCCAUAGUCUUCCUCAGCUUCGGCAUACUGACCUCUUUCUUCUGUGUGGUGGUGGAUGGAGUUUUCAUCCUCCUCAGCAUUGACACAAGGCCCCUCAGGGCUGGGAGAUGCCAGUUUUACUCCAGUGGAAAGGGCUACAUCUAUGAGAACUACUACGCCUCAGUGCCAUGUCAGGGCCUGGUGGAGUCGUGUAGCAUGAAGGUGAGGAGUGGGACCUGCUACUGCUGUGACCUGUAUGACUGUGCCAACGGAGGAUACCUGAGCAGCCAUUUUGAGUUUGUGGGGGUGCGGAGCUGCCAGGAGGUGCUGUCCCUGUACGUGCUGAUCUGGGUCCUCACGCUGCUCAAUCUGGCAGCCUUCAUCCUGGGCAUCCUCAGCACAGCUGUGCUGGGCAGCAUCAAAGACAUGAAGAGCCAUACGGUCAGUCCAGACGGGAGCAGCCAGCUCUCCAUCCUGCGCCACAGAGACAGCGUGGUGCUCUCCCCCACCGCCCCGCUGGUGACAGACGCCGCCGGACACUCGCUCUGCCCGAGUACUUCACUGUAUUUCACACCUGCGGCAGGGAUGGAAACCCCCCAAGGUGGACCGUCGGACACCCCCCGGUUGGACCCCCACCCCCCUCCCUUUGCCCCGCUGUACAGCCUGCUGCCCUAUAAAAAGCAGGGCUUCUCUGUCUGAGGAGGACACAGCCUUUUCCCUGCUAGGGUGCAAUUAAUACCUCUCAAAACUGUCCAUCAAGCAGAUUAUGGGCAGAGAAAGAAAAGACCUCCCACCCACUCUGGGAAAAUCCAGUCUCAAUCUAAGAACAACACACAUCGUUUAAGUCUGAGACCACGCUAGAGUUUAAAUAAACCGUGACCCACACAUUAAUGACCAUAACAAUAACAAUCUGAGCUUCCCAACUGAUUAUUAUCUGUCCAGAGCACUGAGCCAGUACCAAACCAGCUUGGGUAUCAGUACCUGCCUCACAGUUUGAGACCCAUUCUGUUCACCCUGGGCUGCAGUUUUCUGUGGAAAAUGUGGGAAGAGGCAACUUCAUAAGCCUUGUGACAGGUGCAGCUACCACACGCUCUCAUGAACCAGUCCUACAAUGAGUUAAAAUCAAUGUGUUACUUAAACACAUGAUAGCUCCACCCACUUUAUAGCUUCACUCUUCCACAUCUGGUUCACACAUCCAAAGUAUUUGGUUUGAGUGAAAUCACAGAUAUCAUGUAAAUAUCUGUACAUGCUGUGCAAACAUUUUUUUUGUGUAUUGAUGCUUUUGUCAUUAAUUUUUAUAUGGCUUUCUAACACAUGACAGUAAGAAUGCUGUUUCAUUCUUCAAAUGGAGAAAACAUCAUUUAAGCACUGUGAAUGUCUUUUUAUACCAAAGAUGGAACUACUUGCCAGUAAACUAUAAAUAUAGUGGACCUUGUGAAUGACUAAAAACCAUUCUUUUUGUAACUUGAGUUUUUUUAUUUAUUGGACUUUGCAAGACAGGAUGUGAAAUAGAACAAUUGCGGUAAAGCAGGGUGAUCAGUUGUUUACAGCAUGUUCGUGUAUUCAGCUUCCUCGAGGUUAGAACACCUGCCCUGAUCCCGUGAGUUUGUGGGUUCAGUCCCCAGAGAUGUACGUGCUGAACGAAACAACUUCAUGCCCCAGAAUCUGGAAUCAGUUCUCACCUUCAGGACAGCAGCCAUGUAGACAGCACUCCGCCCUCGCAGGUUUGGGUCUGUGGUUAACCAAUGAAUGAGUUUGAAAAGAGGAACAGGAUGUAUCGUGUGUGUAGGAAUAUACACCAGUGAAAGAUUCAUCAGUUGAGUAAGAAACGCUCUAGAGUAGAGUCUAGUAGAGUCUGCAGAGAUUCUACUCUAUGAAUGGAGAGAGACCAUCAGAAGUACAUCAAAUACAUGCUAACAGUGAGGCAAGGGUCAAGAGAGGGGUUGUGCUGUUGGAUACUUGGCGAGGAACUAUAAAUGAGCAUUUUAAAAAUAAAAAAGCUGAUUAUCAUAAAUGAAAUCAUGCUGACAAAUGUGACCAAAUGGGAUCAUUUUUUUCUGCCACCUACUCUCUUGCGUCUUGCAUCAUUCUCUUUGAUGCGGGAUUCUUAGUCCCCGAAUAAUUUCAUUUAAGAACAUUUCAAAACAAAGUUAAUUUAAAAAAUGCCAUUUUUGCGCUGUGUGUGGACACAGAGGGCACGUGCUCCAGAGAGCAUUUCUCUCUGAAACAUCCGCAGCUUUGCUCAGUCCUCAUGCCUGAGCGAUGAGAGCAUCCAUCUCAGUCCGUUGUGAAAUGUCUGGCUAAGAGACGGGGGCUGUGAGCUGCACCGCACCUUUUAGAGCUGAAGUUCAGUCCCCUUUCCUGCACACCGACCGCACACCGUGACAGUGCACAUUCAUUAUGCAUUUACAUAAAAGGUUUGGGGACGAGCAGGAAGUAACCUUCAGAUUUUGGAUUUCAGAAUGAUUGUUCCAGGCUGAAGCAGCUCAAUCACUUUUACAUUCCCUCUGUGUUCUGAUACCAGUCAAAGGAAGGAUACGUGUGGUUGUAAAAA